AUGCCUUUUCCCACUCACAUUAUCCCAGCUACAUAUCUGGACAGAAAUGAUCACCCUCUGAAGUAUGCAGUAUCCCAGCUUCCAUUGAUAGCUUUAAGUACUCCUUCUAUCCUCGCACCAUCUGGACGUGGAACCACCUAUCAGCUGCUGCGAUGUCCAGGGGGUACCCUAGAACCUCUUUUCUCAUUGAGAUUUUCUACUUUGGUUUUUUUCAGAGGUGUAGUGACGGUGGAUAUGGAUUUGAUGUCUAUGGAUAUCGACCAAUGCGAUAACGGUACGGGAAUAUUCGCUGGAACACACAAAUGUCGAAACACCACAUCAUGCGUUCCAGUAUCUGGACGAGGGUUCUCAAGUGGCUCGUAUGAGUGUCGCUGCAAAGAUCGCUACUAUUUCCCCGACACCUUAGCUCCUUUAAAGACCUUCAACGGAUCUAUGGUUGAACAAGCCUGGAUAGUAUCAACAUCUGAACAUUACCCAGGAGAAGCUAGUGCUGGUGUAGGCGACUACGAACUUGAUUUUGACUGCCGACCUUGCCGCGAAGGUUGUACGAUGUGCAUGGACGAUUCUCCAUGCUUCGUGGCUAACGAUGUCAUACUUCGAGCUGUUAUACUCAGCAUGCAAGCAUUGUGUAUGCUGCUGACCAUUGGUUUGAUCGUGGUUAUCCUCAGAAAUAGAACAGCAAAGGUGAUUUGCUGUGACAGUCCGUGGAUGCUUGUUGUUCUUCUCAUCGGAGCUUUUGUUCUAUAUGCUGAACUUAUCGCCAUGUACUUCGAACCCUGCGCAAUUACCUGCUUUCUCGGAAAGUGGCUACGAGGUUGGGGUUUUGCUAUUGCCUAUGGUAUGCUCGUCCUCAAAAUUUACAGGAAACUGGCCAUUUUCCAAACCCGAUCUGCGACUCGUGUGCUUGUGCGUGACCGUGAUGUCCUGAAGUGGCUCCUUCUCAUCAUUUUAGUUCUCUCUGGUUACCUGGCGGCUUGGACCACGUUCUCUGUACAGAGCAUGCAGUAUUGUGACGUCGAUAUCGUAGCUAUAGGGCAAGAUGCAGAUGGAAUGAAAUUCUAUACAUGCGAAGUACAGUGGUGGGAUUAUGUCAUAGAUGUCAUUGAAUUCCUUUUCCUUCUGUUUGCCAUCUAUCUAUGCUAUGCGGUAAGAGGUGCACCGUGUGAGUUUCAUGAAACAAGAUACAUCACAAUAGCCAUCUAUAACGAGACCAUACUCUCCGUCUUUCUACAUGUUUUAAGACAUUUUCUGUGGUCGACCACGCCGCCUGACUGGACUUUUCUAAUGACGUUCAUUCAUUCUCAACUAACUAUCACUGUCAUGGUAUCCAUUAUCUUCAUACCAAAGCUAAUAGUGUUACAUAAGCUGAUACACAACGAGGAGUUUCGAGAACGGGUCAACUCUCGGGUGGUGUAUGAUGCCGCUAGCAAGUGGCAAAACUCCACUUUCCUCAAACAGAACUCGACGUCUAAUCCUUCUAACGAUCAACACUUUAAUGCAGAUGAUGUGCGGGAGGAGCUAAAACGGUUGUACACUCAACUGGAACUCUACAAGACCAAGUCUCUGAGAAUAGACAACCCUCACCUACCUUCCAAGAAACGUUCAAGCGGACCUAGGUGGCGCCCUCCACGCAGAUUCUCUAGAGGUCACAGUCUGCGUACCCACAGUGGUCAUUCAGAGUCCGAGUUCUCUUCGGAAAUCGCUCGUAGUAACGAGAGCCUCACGAAGGCUGUCGAACUGCACGAUUACAGGCCGAAUCAUGUCGAUGGUUUAGAGGCACAUGGGCAUGUCAACCAAAAGUGGUCGCCACAGUCGUGACGCUUAGAGGAAAACGACAUGUGAUUGGGCAAUUCAGUUUUUGUUCAGAGUAUAAUUUUAAGGAACGAUGACCACAGCUUUGAAAUAAUUAUCGCAGCUUUGAUCCAAACAUUGUCGAAAGUACUCUCAUAAGUUCAGAAGGACUUUCUUUUGAAUACAUUUUUAAUGUCCCCUAUUGUGAUAACUACAAGAGAUGGAAAAAAAAUUAAGUCCAAUCAUGCAUUAUUAAAAAUUGUUAUUUUGCAGAAAGAUUGAAGAUGCUUUCCAUUCUUAUAAUAAAACAUUAAUAUAUAAGUGCCAUUCAGCCAGUCCGCCAGAUCUGUCUUUACUGUUCCGAUUUUAGUAUCAUACAAAAUAAUAGUGAUCCAAACACGCGCUCUAAAUGGUAUAAAAUAAUGUAGUGACCACAAAUUGCCAAAUUAAAAGAAAUUGUUGUUAUUAGUGCAUUCCAAAUCAUUUCUUUACGUUAUAGCAUAUUACCGUGCUGUAAGAGUAGAAGCUUGAUGCACCAGCUUUGACUGGCGCCAAGUCCAGCUUCCUAAAUUAGGCGUUGAUGCAUGUAUUUGUACAAGGAUUAAGUCAGGCCUAGUUCUCGACUAUUGCAGUUUUUCCUAUAGCAGCCAAUAGCUAGCUGCACUCUUAUGAGAUGCUAGUAGCUCUUAUAACUAAUAUAAUGUAUGCUUUGCGCCCGUUCCAAAAAGGGGCAUCAUUACCUAUAGAUACAUGUACUAUACUAACCAAAAUUAUAAACCAGGGGUGGCCAUUUCUUGUCAUGACGAGAGACGUGGUAUUCAAAGAACCCUAGCGACCGAACGUAUAAGGAUAUGUGAGAGUACUCCUCUCCCCAAUAGUCAAGUCACGCCCAUGUUAUUUAUAUUUGUGUGCAUUUUGCAUUCUGUAGUUGGAUAUUAUGCAUCAGUGGCGUGGCGUAGCACGUGCCCCCCACCCCCCCCCCCCUCCCCCCAUCGGAUGACAAAAGGAGAUGAAGGAAAAUGAUAAAGAAUGUGUGGUGAUAAUAUAAGAAGACACAUUAGUCGAAAUUUUCUUCAAAAAUUAAACUAUUAUGUGAAUCAGUAACGUGGGGACGACAUGAUAAAUCUUAAAUGAAAUCUGUUAUAAGCGGAGCAUUGAACGAUUAUCGAAAAAUGCUUAGAGUAGAUCCGAUCUGCGCCCUUGGUGAAGUACAUGUACAGCAAAGAAGGAAAUGAAAUGGGGAUAGGAGUGAAAGAUAGUAGACAUACGGGAAAGAGACAGAGAGGGUGUAAAUGUGUGUCCGUUUCACUUUAAAAUGCAGGGUUCCCAUCCUUAAUGAGCAAGCGUUAUAUCCCUCCAGGCCUAGUCAAUCUGUUCCCACAAAUUUAGACCAUCUAGUACAUUGUUUUUCAAUCGGGGUGCCGCGAGAGAAUUUUAGAUAUAGUUUUAAAAAAAUUAAGAAAAAUUGGAAUAACGUCAGAAACCGCAACUUGCCCAAAUAUAUCACUUUUGGGAAUUUGAUGAGGAACUAACAUUUCAAAGAUAGUAAAAUGUCUGUUAAAACAAAAUUCAGAAACGGGAUAGUUUCAGGCACCGAGGUCCAUGAAUAUCCCCAUGUGAUGUUAUGAUGAUAUUCGGACACCUCACUGUCCGAAUAUCGUAAUGAUUCGUGCAGCAUGACGCCAGCAUAUAACCUUAUUUCUUGUAAUUUUGUAUCGAAAUAAAAUGUAUAACACAAGUGUCAUUUUCCCCGUCUUUCGCUUUCUUCACUGUAACGCAAAUUUGAUGAACCAGGAUAAUUCCUAGCAACGACAUGACCGAAUGUCUAACUUUACAAAUAUUGACUAAAUAACAUUUUUUUUCCUAAAUAAAAUGAAUUUUGUUUUGCUCACUAGAUUCACGGGCUGGCUCGCAGCAUUUGGGAUCUGGAUAAUAUAUUUUCUGGCGAGAGGCCCUCACGACCCUCAAGCGAAAAUUUGCCCGUAUGUCUACGUAUACGAAGGAUGGUUAACACAUCCUCUUUGAUGAUAUUUGGAUUUGGUGACGCGAAUUUGUUUAACUCAACAAAAGUUUGAAAAACGCUGAUCUACUAGAAGGAAAACUGGUGACCCCCCCCCCCCCCCACACACACACACACACUUUACAUGGGUGGUGAGCCUCUUGAGAUUGAAUGAAUAUUUGACAUGUACAUACUGCACAGCACCUGGCUGUAAUAUAAAUAUAUCUUCAUGGUUUUUUUUUUAAUACGUAUCAUAUUGUCCUUUAAUAUAUAUACGCUAUUCUUCUCUAAAGAUAAACAUCAACAUUCUUUUCAAUGAAUAGUUUGAAGAAAAAAACGUUUAAAUGAAUGUAAUUGUAUAGACUGUUUUUAUCAUUUACCAUUUUACAGAAGAGGAUAUUUCAUUAAUGAGCAAUAAAAAUUAUGAUACCAAGUUAAGUUUGUUACACAAAGUUCUAUCCACAAAAUCAAAUUCCUAACUAAAAUGUGUGUUAAUUAUCUUGACAUUUAUACUAACGUUAGUGACGCCCUUGAUGAUAUAAAUGAUCGUUAUGAUAGCGUAUAUAAAUUAACUCAAUAUAAAAUAUCUAUGAUGAUAAUUAAAUAAAUAUAAGUCGCAAAUUAUAGUAACAAUUAAAAUAAAGAAAUUUACAUCAGUGAAUAAUAUAGGCCUGCAUUGUAACUUUGGUAAUAAUAAAGAUGUGAAACCCUACAUAUUUGUAUGCAAAAGUUGACUUUCUGACUAUUGUUUGUUGCAGAAAUUAUAAUAUUAUGUUAUUGAUGCAGAAAGACUCACCACUUAGUCGGGUCAAACAAGCAGUGAAUGCAUUGAAAGGAAUCUUACUCAAAGAUAUAACCAAUUAUUGUUUGAUAAAGGCCCUGUGCUCCAGGCGCGAAUCCAGGAUUUCUUAGGGGAGGGGGGUAGUGAGCACUAUUUUUUUUUUUU